CCCGGAAGUGGCCGGAUCCCAACCGCAGGCCGAGCGCACGUCCGUCAGCCCGUCAGUCCACCCGUCCGCCGGCUCAGUGCCCCGCGCGCCUUGGCCCUCGUCGCCGUCUCGUGGUCUCUUUGGCCCGCAGGGCGGCUGAGGCGCUCGCCAUGGCGACGUUCAUCUCAGUACAGCUGAAAAAGACCUCGGAGGUGGACCUGGCCAAGCCGCUGGUGAAGUUCAUCCAGCAGACCUACCCGAGCGGCGGGGAGGAGCAGGCCCAGUACUGCCGCGCGGCCGAGGAGCUCAGCAAGCUGCGCCGCGCGGCGCUUGGCCGCCCGCUGGACAAGCACGAGGGCGCGCUCGAGACGCUCCUGAGAUAUUAUGACCAGAUCUGUUCCAUUGAACCCAAAUUUCCAUUUUCUGAAAACCAGAUCUGUUUGACAUUUACUUGGAAGGAUGCUUUUGAUAAAGGUUCGCUUUUUGGAGGAUCUGUAAAAUUGGCUCUUGCAAGCUUAGGAUAUGAAAAGAGCUGUGUGUUGUUCAAUUGUGCAGCCUUAGCUAGCCAGAUUGCAGCAGAACAGAACCUGGAUAAUGAUGAAGGAUUGAAAAUCGCUGCUAAGCAUUACCAGUUUGCUAGUGGUGCCUUUUUACACAUUAAGGAGACGGUUUUAUCUGCCUUAAAUCGAGAGCCUACUGUGGACAUAUCUCCAGAUACUGUUGGGACCCUCAGUCUUAUCAUGUUGGCACAGGCCCAAGAAGUAUUUUUUUUAAAAGCCACGAGAGAUAAGAUGAAAGAUGCCAUCAUAGCUAAAUUGGCUAAUCAGGCUGCAGAUUAUUUUGGUGAUGCUUUUAAACAGUGUCAGUACAAAGAUACUCUCCCCAAGUAUUUUUAUUUCCAGGAGGUGUUCCCUGUCUUGGCUGCAAAGCACUGUAUCAUGCAAGCCAAUGCUGAGUACCACCAGUCCAUCCUGGCGAAACAGCAGAAGAAAUUUGGAGAAGAGAUUGCAAGGUUACAGCAUGCAGCAGAAUUGAUUAAAACCGUGGCAUCUCGCUAUGAUGAAUAUGUCAAUGUGAAGGAUUUUUCUGACAAAAUCAACCGUGCCCUUACUGCAGCAAAGAAGGAUAAUGACUUCAUUUAUCAUGAUCGAGUUCCAGACCUUAAAGAUCUAGACCCUAUUGGCAAAGCCACUCUUGUGAAAUCUACCCCAGUCAAUGUACCCAUCAGCCAGAAAUUCACAGAUCUGUUUGAGAAGAUGGUUCCUGUGUCAGUGCAGCAGUCUUUGGCAGCUUAUAAUCAGAGGAAAGCUGAUUUAGUUAACAGAUCAAUUGCUCAAAUGAGAGAAGCCACCACUUUGGCAAAUGGGGUGUUAGCUUCCCUUAAUCUUCCAGCAGCAAUUGAAGAUAUAUCUGGAGAUACUGUACCUCAGUCUAUAUUGACUAAGUCCACAUCUGUGAUUGAGCAGGGAGGCAUCCAGACUGUUGAUCAGUUGAUCAAAGAACUACCCGAACUUCUACAAAGAAAUAGAGAAAUCCUAGAUGAGUCGUUAAGAUUGUUGGAUGAAGAAGAAGCAACUGACAGUGAUUUAAGAGCAAAAUUCAAGGAACGCUGGCAGAGAACACCAUCCAAUGACCUCUAUAAGCCUUUAAGAGCAGAGGGAAGCAACUUCAGAACCGUUUUGGACAAAGCAGUGCAGGCAGAUGGGCAGGUGAAAGAACGUUACCAGGCUCACCGGGACACCAUCGCACUUCUGUGUAAGCCCGAGCCCGAGCUGAACGCUGCCAUCCCUUCUGCUAACCCGGCAAAGACCAUGCAGGGCAGCGAGGUUGUAAAUGUCUUAAAAUCCUUAUUGACAAAUCUUGAUGAAGUAAAGAAGGAAAGAGAGGGGCUGGAGAAUGACCUGAAAUCAGUGAAUUUUGACAUGACAAGCAAAUUUUUGACUGCUCUGGCUCAAGAUGGUGUGAUAAAUGAAGAAGCUAUUUCUGUAACUGAACUGGAUCGAAUCUAUGGAGGUCUUACCACUAAAGUCCAAGAAUCUCUAAAGAAACAGGAAGGGCUCCUUAAAAAUAUUCAGGUCUCACACCAGGAAUUUUCGAAAAUGAAACAAUCUAAUAAUGAAGCUAACUUAAGAGAAGAAGUUUUGAAGAAUUUAGCUACUGCGUAUGACAACUUUGUUGAACUUGUAGCUAAUUUGAAGGAGGGCACAAAGUUUUACAAUGAGCUGACUGAAAUACUCGUCAGGUUCCAAAACAAAUGCAGCGAUAUAGUGUUUGCACGGAAGACAGAAAGAGAUGAACUCUUAAAGGACUUGCAACAAAGCAUUGCCAGAGAACCUAGUGCUCCUUCAAUUCCUACACCUGCAUAUCAGUCCUCUCCAGCAGGGGGACAUGCUCCCACUCCUCCAACUCCAGCGCCAAGAACCAUGCCGCCUACUAAGCCCCAGCCCCCAGCCCGGCCUCCACCUCCUGUGCUUCCAGCAAAUCGAACUCCUGCUCCAGCUCCAGCUCCAGCUCCAGCUCCAGUGGGCACCGGGACCACUGCACCAGCUCCAUCACAGACUCCUGGUUCAGCUCCCCCUCCACAGGCCCAGGGACCCCCAUACCCCACCUAUCCAGGGUAUCCCGGGUAUUGCCAAAUGCCCAUGCCCAUGGGCUAUAAUCCUUACGCAUACGGCCAGUAUAAUAUGCCGUAUCCACCCGUGUAUCACCAGACCCCUGGACAGGCUCCGUACCCGGGACCCCAGCAGCCUUCAUACCCCUUCCCUCAGCCCCCACAGCAGUCUUACUAUCCACAGCAGUAAUAUGUCAGCUCAGAAGCUCAGCUGGUUCUGUUCAAAGGGAAAGAAAUACCAACCCUGCAAUAAGUAUACUAAACUCUACGCUCUGGUUAAUAUAACGUACUCUACUGUACUGAAUGCAGUGUGUAAUUGCUGUCUGCGGCUAAAAGCUGUGCCCAGUUCCACAUUUGAUUGCACAUUGAGAUUUGCUGCUGUUGCAGUACAAACACUAGGUACAAUAGGAUUUGAAAUAAAUCACAUUACAAUUCAUGAAAGUUGAAAAUGAGAAGUUAAACCCACAAGUGAAAUGUUUGAAAUGAUUGUACUUAUGUCUACAUAAGACGUGAUUGGAACAUCAGAUACUUAUUACAAUGACGGUUUAAGUACUGGUAUUUGAGAAAACUAAGUUUUCUUUCUCUUUUGGUUUAUUGAUUUGGUUUAAUUUUCAUUAUGCUAUUUUGCAUAAUCAAAACACUGUAAAUCUUAUAAUUUAAAAAUAAAUUCCUUAAGAACAA